AUGAACAAGCUUAUCAUUGUUCUGUUGAUCACCUGCAUGGUUGUCAUGGCAGAUAGUAAGAGAUCCAAAAAAGGCCGAAGCGGAAAAUGUGACUACAAAGGCGACAAUGGAGACAAUGGCGACAAUGGAGACGAUGGAGAUAAUGGCGACAAUGGAGACAAUGGAGAAAAUGGCCUUUCGAAUGGCUUAACAAAUGGAGGAACCAAUGGAGGAACAAAUGGAGGAUACAAUGGAGGAACAAAUGGAGGAUACAAUGGAGGAACCAAUGGAGGAACAAAUGGAGGAAGAUAA